UUUAAUCACAAUUCCACAUUAGAACAUACAUGAUAUGAACAUGAAAUUUUUUUUCUAUGUAGCAUUUUUUAUUUUUUUUUAUUUUCAAAGAUCAGCUGUUUAGCACGUAAGCCUAUGAAGCAGUCAAUUACAAGACUGCAACCUUUAUUGUAUUCAAGUUUUUCAUUUUUAUGACAAUUUUUUGAUUUUCAAAUAUAUUGGCCUCAAGUUUCUGAUUUCCAAAUAUAUUGUCCUCGAACAUCUCUGAAGAGACAAUUAUUGUCGAAAUGCGUAUCUGGUGUAGAAAAUUUGGUAACGUUAAUGGUUUUGCUUCAUAUAUGUGGAAUAACAAAUCGAUAUUUGAAUGCAGUAGGUAAAAAACAUUUUUAAUUGUUCAAAAUAUCUAAGCUUUCCCUGUAAAGAUCAUGAAAGUUUUUCAGGGUAAAUGUGACGGUUAAAAGACUGGGUGGAGCAUAUGGUUCAAAAUUAACAAGGAGUGGUAUAGUAGCUGCAGGCUGUGCAUUAACAGCUCAUAUCAUGAAUAGGCCAGUCAAACUAAAUUUGGAGUUUCAUACAAACAUGAGAAUGGUUGGGAGAAGAUUUGCCUACAGAGCGGACUAUACGGUUGGGUGUACCGAUCAGGGAAAAUUAAACGGUAUCAAAAUGACAGUUUAUAGCGACUCUGGUUACCUUGGAAAUGAAGAUCCGCUAAAUGGUGUAUUUGGACAUAUUGAUAACGGAUACUUCUGUGACAAUUGGAAUGUAACACCAAAGACCGUCAGGACGAACAAACCUGUUAAUACAUUUUGUAGAGCACCAGAUUCGGCACCAGGAAUUUUUAUCAUAGAAUCAGUUAUGGAACAUAUUUCCAAGGAAUUAAAUCUGGACCCAACAAGUGUUAGGGUACUAAAUCUUUACAACAAAGGACAGACCACACCAUCAAAUAGACCAUUGCCAUACUGUAAUAUCAGACAACUUACAACAGACCUAAUGACAUCCGCUGGAAUAACACAGAGACAGGACUCUAUCAAAGCUUUCAACCAGGUUAAUAGAUGGAAGAAAAAGGGUUUGUCUGUAGUACCAGCCAAGUUUGGAAUCGCAUAUGCAUACAUCCAUUACAAUGCAAUCGUCAAUAUAUAUGCCUGGGAUGGAAGUAUAUCUAUCGCCCAUGGUGGAGUUGAAAUGGGACAAGGAAUCAAUACAAAGGUAGCACAGGUGUGUGCAUUUGAGCUUGGAGUGCCUCUGGAUAUAAUAACAGUAAAAUCAGUUACGACAACAUCAAAUGCCAAUGAUUUUGCCAGCGGUGGCAGUACAACUAGUGAAUUAUGCUGUUUGGCUGUUUUGAACUGUUGUCAGGCUUUAAAAGAAAGAAUGGCUCCAGUAAAAGCUAAGAUGAAAAAUCCAACAUGGACACAGUUGGCACAGAUGUGUCAACAUGCAAAAGUUGACUUGUCGGAAAGAUAUUGUGUUUAUGAGCCUGGUAAGGCUGCGGAUGAACCACAGUACAAUAGCUAUGGUGUCACAUGUACAGAAGUAGAAUUUGACGUACUUACUGGUCAAUACCUCAUCAAUAGAGUAGAUCUACUAUAUGACUGUGGGGAGAGUAUGAACCCAAUGAUAGACGUAGGGCAAGUAGAGGGUGCCUUUGUAAUGGGACUUGGAUACUGGCUGACAGAACAGGUUAAGUUUGAUCCUCAGUCUGGAAGACUGUUGACUGAUAGUACAUGGGAAUACAAGCCACCAAUGGCCAAAGAUAUUCCAAUUGACUUUAGAAUACAGUUGUUAAAGAAUGCACCCAACCCUAAAGGCGUUCUACGAUCAAAAGCUGUAGGAGAACCACCAUUAUGCAUGAGUUCGUCAGCAUUGUUUGCUCUGAAACGUUGUGUUGAAGCUGCAAGGAAGGAUAUACAGAAAGAUGCAUUUUUCCCGCUAGAUGGGCCGGCCUCGGUGGAUAAACUGUGCGAUAUUUGUCUUACAGAUCCAUCACAGUUUGUGAUAUAAUAUUACGUUAAAAUUAGAAGAUUCGCUAUACCUGAAUGCAAUUCGUUAUACUUGAAUGUAAAUGUAAUUCGUUGAUAAUGUCAGAUGAUUUAUAUGAUGAAACAAUGUUGUUGAUAACUACCCUCAAAAUAUAUGUCAUAAAAAUGUACAUAAAAAAUUAAGAUUGAAUGGAAUUUUAUACAUUGAAUAUUUUAAAAUAGUAAAACGGAAUUAUUCAAUAUUGAUUAAUUGUGUUUUUUUCAAUUUUGAUCUGAAUUCAUUUGUUUAGUUUGUGAAUCGCUAUUGUUUAUGGAACUGAAGCUUAUUUUAUAUUUUAACUAAAAGUAUGAUGGUAACCCUAUAUCAAAUACUUAAAGCUAUAUUAUGCUGAUUAAAUAUUUUAUGAUUUAAGAAAAAAAAUAGAAUUCUGUUUUUUAGCAUUUGAAUGCAGUUGUCACAAUGAUCAUUCAUGGCUUAAAAUGUCAAUUGUAUUUGCUCGUCAAUCGAAGUUUAACUGUUAUUCAAUACCCUUACUUAUAACUGUAAUAACAUUUACUUGGUAUACAAAGGUAAU